AUGACUGGAUACGUUAAUCUAAAAAACCAGGGUGCAACAAGUUAUUUAAACGUUGAGUUGCAGUUAUUAUAUAGCAUUAAAUAUUUUCGUAAGGCGAUAUAUCAAAUCCCCACAGAAGAUGACGAUCCAAUUAAAAGUAUUCCUUUGGCUAUGCAAAGGAUUUUUUAUAAUUUGCAAGUAUCGGAUAAACCAGUUGAAAUAACGGAAUUAACGAAAUCUUUUGGGUGGGAUUCAUCAGAUUGUUGUACGUCGUAUGAUGUACAAGAAUUUGAUAGUGUGCUGCUAAAUAAUUUAGAGGAUAAAAUGAAGAAUACAAGUGUGGGUGGUGUUAUUUCCGAACUGUUUACAGGAGAGAUGAAGAGUUACGUUAGAUGUGUCAACGUAGAUUAUGAGUGUUCAUUUAUUGAAAAUUACUAUG